CCCAGCAGUGCACCCACCUGUGCCCAGCAGUGCAACCACUUGUGCCCAGCAGUGCCCACCAGUGCCACCCAGCAGUGCCACACACCUGUGCCUAGCAGUGCCAUCCAGAAGUGCCACCUAUCUGUGCCCAGCAGUGCCACCCACCUGUGCCCACCAGUGCAGCCCAGCAGUGCUGCCAGUCAGUGCCACCAGUCAGUGCCCAGUGGUUGUGCCAUGUCCAGCAGUGAUGCCAGUCAGUGCCACCUAUCAGUGCUGUCUAUCAGUACCCACCAUCAGUACCGCCUAUCAGUGCCACCUAUCAGUGCCGCUUAUCAGUGCCACCUCAUUCGUGCUGCCUAUCAGUGCCGCCUAUCAGUG